GAGGAGUAAGAAGAAGCAGAAGAGGAAGCAAAAGAAGUAACAGCAGCUGCGCGUUUUGAAACAGUUUUCAAUGAUGAAAACGUAUACAAAAUACGAAUACAUUUGCUUAUAUUCGCCGCGCCACUAAAUUCGCCGCAAGUAACAACACACACACAUACGCAUACAGUCCAGUUAACGGGGCAGAGACAGGAAAAUUUUUGCCUCAUUUGUGGUCCUGCGAAAGACGACGACGACGUGUACAACACACAAGAGCGAAAGAAAAUUCUUACUGCGAAAAGAAAACGGUGAACGGAACUAAAAAAAACAACAACUGAGUAAAACACACAUUGUCCCCCCAUUCCUCGUGAGUAGCUGAAUGAAUAAUUGAAUAAAUUGCGACUCCGGGCGAGACGAAACGCGCGUUAAACUGAAUAAUUGAUUGAAUAAUCGUAAACAAGAAGCGCAAAUUUGCAAACAGCAGGCAACGAGCAGAGCAGAGCGAAGCAGCCAGCCAGCCAGUCAGUCAGUCAGUCAUUCACUCAAUCAGUCAGCAGAGACUCUAACCCAGUGCCAAGGCUAAAACUUCCCCUGAGCUCUGCACGCCACCAGUCCAAAAAAAACAACGAGUAUAAAAACGAAAAGUCAGUGCAAAAAAAAAAAAACAAGAAAAACAGUUAAAAGAGCGAAACGAGCGAGAAAAAACUAACUCAGCGUCACAUUAUCGAUUUGUGUAUAUGUGUGAAAAAUAACAGAAAAGCGCUUACACCCACGCACACCAACAAAACACUCGAACACAACUACACACAGUCAGAGCCCGCAUACGUCAACAAAAACAACAGCAGCAGCAGCCGCAGCAACGACAGUUGGUCACAAGGAGAAGCAGCAGCAGCACUUAAGGAAUUACCCCAGGAUCUUCUACUAGCUUCCGGCGCAAUUCAAGCUUGAAGACAACAACAAAUACCUACACACAUACACACACACACAUACAGUGCUGUAGUUGCAGCAACAAUACAGACGCAAGAACCGACGCAACCUCAAGACUAAGUCACACAAAACAAUGGCUGGCGGUGGUGAUCCCAAAUGGCAAAAGGAUGCGGCCGAUCAGAAUUUCGAUUACAUGUUCAAGCUGCUCAUCAUUGGCAACUCGAGCGUGGGCAAGACUAGCUUCCUCUUUCGCUACGCAGACGAUAGCUUCACAUCGGCCUUUGUGUCCACCGUGGGCAUUGACUUCAAGGUCAAGACUGUAUUUCGCCACGACAAGCGUGUGAAGCUGCAAAUUUGGGAUACAGCUGGCCAAGAGCGUUACCGCACCAUUACCACAGCCUACUACCGCGGCGCCAUGGGUUUCAUUCUGAUGUAUGAUGUCACCAACGAGGACAGCUUCAACUCUGUGCAAGACUGGGUGACACAGAUUAAAACGUAUUCGUGGGACAACGCUCAAGUCAUACUGGUGGGCAACAAAUGCGACAUGGAGGAUCAGCGUGUGAUUAGCUUCGAGCGUGGACGCCAAUUGGCCGAUCAACUGGGCGUUGAAUUCUUUGAGACAUCGGCCAAGGAGAAUGUGAAUGUUAAGGCUGUCUUUGAGCGCUUGGUGGAUAUUAUAUGCGACAAGAUGUCCGAGAGUCUCGAUGCGGAUCCAACGUUAGUUGGUGGCUCACAGAAGGGACAACGCUUGACGGAUCAGCCGCAGGGCACGCCCAAUGCCAAUUGUAAUUGUUAAACAGAGCUGUUGUUGUAGACAACUAACUAGCCUAACAUACACACCCACACCCAGACACACACACACACGUAUACACAAGCAUACACGCAUUCCACACACAGUUACAAUUUUGAAGUUAGCAAAGUUUAGAGAAAGGCAUCGACAGAUGAAGAUAGAAGAUGCUCGAGAAAAGACAUAAGUAAUACCCGUAUAUAGAACUUACAUAUGUAUUAUUAUUAUUAUUAUAUAUGAAUACAUGUAUACAUUGUAUUUAUACAACUAAUUUCCGUUAGUCGGUCGCUCCGUGUAAAUGUCAAUGUUAAUGUGCAUGAAUAUUAUCAAUGUUUCCAUUUGUUGAGAUUUAUAUUCAGAAAACGAAAAACCAAAAUGAAAAAUGAAAAAUGAUAAUGAACAAAACAUAACGAGAUAACGCAAAGCUGUUUGUUUGUUCAAUGUGCUUUUGGGCAAUUGCUAAUUUUGUCAAUGUGUUGUGUGUAUAUUGAUAAACGAUUACGAUUACGAUAAAAGUAAAAACGAUAAACGAUAACAAUAACUCAUGUACAUGUGCUGAAUUGAGUUUGGCACUUAUUAAAUCUGCACAUAUUUUGUGCUAUUUUCCUCAAUUUCCCAACUCAACUCAACUUAACUCCUUCUUCUUCGCUCCGCUGAACAGUAUUCAUGAGAGUUGCGACUCUCUUGGCGAUUUUAGCUAUUUUUAUUGUACAUAUGCUGGCAGCAAUUUUUACAGUUACUAGUCAGAAAGAUACAAAUUGAAAUGAAAAGUUUCCUUUUCCCGUUCAAAUGAAAAGAAAAAGAAAAUUUGCAAAAAAAGGCAAAAACGCACAAAAGGCUAGCGAAUUGGUGAAAUUAACUUAAACAUAACUUUAAUGAAUGAUCUAUUUAUGAUUAUCCAUCAACUGCACACACACACACA